AUGCUGAAGAAUUGGAGACUUUCUCUCGGUUUUUGGCAAAUUCUUACUUGUUUUGGCGCGUCCCAGCUAGUUCCAGAUCCAUUUCCCAAGGCGCCAGUAUUCACUCUACCUCCACUGCCGGAAUUUCAUCCAAAAUUGUUCCAUUUAUCAAAGGAAAACGACGAAAAUCGCGUUUUGCCGCGCUUUUCAAGGUGAGAAUCGAUUCUUAUCUUUCGCGAAAUUUCCCAAAACCUUUUUAAAAAAGGGCCGAAAUGUGGCCGCGUGGCGCAAUGGAUAACGCGUCGGUCUACGGAACCGAAGAUUGUAGGUUCGAAUCCUGCCGUGGUCGAAAAUCUAUUUUGCUUUUAACAAUUUUUUGAAUGAUUAUUUUUAGUGGGCCAUCAAGUUACACUUACUUCACAAAUGUGCAAACACGUCAAAAGGAUGAACCCAGAGAAACGGACGAGAUAGCUGACCAUUUUCCGAAAACUGUAAUGUCAAUGAAUAAUGGGCGCCUUGUAAAAGUGGAAAGAGUAUCAGGAUCUAUGUGCGGGAUCGAGGAUUCGUACAUGAUAGGUUAGAAUCUACCGAACGACGACAUAUAGUCUUUUUUAGACCCCAGCGAUGUGAAUACUGCCAUUUGUGUAAUUCAGAAACUAAAUUUUACAAAGACAGAGGUUCGCCAAAUCUCGGAAUAUGCCAAUGUCAUUGAUUUGAGCUCUGUGCUAGAUCUUGUAUACGCUCAUGUUUUCAAGUUGGACGAUGAGGUGAUUCACCCAGUCCUAAACCACGUACAUUGUGUUUAGACCAGGUCCCGAGCAUUACAAUUACUCCAAGACUACGGUCCUCCUGAGAGCUUGAUCAGAGCUGUUCAAGCAAUGACCAUGGAUCAGAAAGGUCAUAUUCAAGAGCUUCGGCACAAGAGAAGAGUCGGAGAAGUGAGGGUCAUCACAAGAGGGCUAAUUUUCAGUUUACCAGACGAAGAUCAACCUCAAGUAUGGACAAUUUUAUUUUACAAUCUUGGUUUACUUAAAGUAAUAAUUUCGAAAACUAAUUUGCAGGCAAGAAAGUUUGUUGCAAUCCUUCGGUACAUGUUCGACUACGACAGAAUAUUGACCUAA